CGCGCUAACGGAUGAUUCUCAACUGACUCCCGCUUUAUUUUACAGUUUGCGUCCUUAAAUGUUUUGGUUGUAACAUGUUGAUGCUGUUGCUAUUUUUACGACGUGUUUUUCUCUUACUUAACGUUACGCCGAGAUCUGAUAUGCCCCCCGUGUUCCAGUAAACUCAGCAAAAAGUGCUCCUGUGUUAGAUAAAACAGGAUAAAGCUCUCUGUGUUGGACCGGGGUUCAAGAUAACGUGAUGAAGGGGCUCAGAUGUGCCCUGUAAUUGCAGAAGUUGUGAUAAUGCACACACUUCAUUAUAGACACUGAGACAAUUUCCUCCUUUUUCUAAGAAUAAGAGGAACUAACGUUAUAUCUAAAAUGAUCUAAGAGGUUGUAUGCCUUCAGUAGUAAACCGACCAAGAGAGAUGACAGCCAUUAUUUCCCAAAGAAAGCAAAAGAGAGCUACCAAAGAAAUACUUUUCAGGAUACUUAAUGCAGCCGAUUACAGAGCUGUCUGUACUGAUUCAUUUCACUGACAGCAGCAUUCCUCUUCCUCCUCUCUUCUUCUUCCUCCUCUCUGUUGCUCAGGUAAUGGAGUUCCCGCAGCAUUCCCAGCAGCUGCUGUCAGCUCUGCGCUCCCAGCGCCAGCGGGGCUUCCUCUGUGACUGCACCGUCCUGGUGGGCUCAUCCCGUUUCCUGGCUCACAGGGCUGUUUUGGCCUCCUGCUCGCCUUUCUUCCACAUGUUCUACUCAGACUCUCCGGGGGUCGGUGGUGGAAACAGCACCAGCAGCUCUGUCACGCUCGACAGCGACAUCGUCACUGCUUCUGCAUUUGGCUUACUCUUGGACUUUGUCUAUGAAGGCGUGCUGCAGUUGGAUGAGUCUCCACCCGUGGAAGACAUAUUGGCGGCUGCGAGCUUUCUGCACAUGAACGAGGUGGUGAGAGUAUGCAAGAGACGACUGCAGAGACGAGGGCCUCUGGCUGAGGCAGACAGCACUCGCUCUGAAGAGAGCGCUGGUGCGAGGAAGGCAACAGAGACAGGGAGGGGGGGUGGUAGUGACGGUGGAGCUGACCCUGAGGUGGCCAUGGCGGGAGAUCACUUGAAUCCCGUCGCCAUGGCAGCGCCGCUCUCAUCAGUGACCAUAACAGCACAGAGGAGUCAGUUGGAGUCUGUGAAGUCUGAGCGGAGGACUGGUGGGGGGUCAACCGAGGCACGACUUCAGACUCCUCUGAGCCCCGACCUCGCUGAUACCACGCAGCCAGGCAUGGACGCCCCUCCACUACCCCCAGGUGGAGAGCUGGUGCAGGGCCUCAUGGUCAGUCCGCCUGCCCCCGCCCCGGGAGGUUACACCAGGUUGUGCACUGGAGGUCAGGGAGAGGGGUCGGCACUCUGCAGCCCUUGCAGCACCACUGAGACAUACAGCCACAACAGUAAUCAGCAGCCCUCCUCGUCUUCUUCCUCCCUGGUGCCAGUGACCCAGGCUAGUGGGCGAUCAGUGGCUGCUCUCUCCCAGUCAGAGUCCAGCCUCUCCCCCGGCCCCCAGCAGGACGUCCCCCGACUGGCCAGUGAAGACUCUGUUAGGAAACCCUCAGAGACGGACCACGGAAAUAUAUCAGGCGGAGGACAACAGAUGAUCAUGUUAUUCCAAGCAUCGGCACUAACCCCACGCUUAGAAACAAACGCAACACACCCGCCCCCGCAGCGCGCACUUUCCCAGAUUCGAAUCCAGAGCGCUGUGUCACUCCAACGCCAAAGCUUGGACAUCCAGUCCGCUCAGACCCAAACCAUUAGGGUAGAUGAGGGGGAUACGAGAGCUUCACAUGCCACUAGAAAUGAAAGAUCUCACCCUCUUAUGGGCAGAGUGAGGACAGAAGACAGUGACAGAGAGAAUGUGAAAGUCAAAGUGGAGGCCAUUGUUAUAUCUGACGAAGAGUUGGAGGAGGAGAAAGAGGAGAGCAGAGAGAGAGAACCAGUGAUGGAAGUGGACGAUGAGUUUGAAGAUGACAUCCCAGAAGAGGAGCUGAACAGCCCCCAGUUUCUCUCCUCCCACCAACAGGGCCUCUUACAAAUGACCUCCCACUCGAAUGACUACUCCUUUCCCCUCUCUCCCUCCUCUUCCUCCUCCGGUCCCGGCCCUUCCUCCCAGGACACUUCCUCCUUCGCCGCCUCCCUCAUUCCUCCAUCCACAGCUCAGCAGCAUUCAGACGCUCCUGCCUACUUCCAGGACUUCCAGGACUCUAUGGGGAACUUUGUGGAGGAUGUCCCCACGUGUGGAGUGUGUGGAAAGACUUUCUCAUGUACAUACACACUAAGGCGCCACGCCAUCGUGCACACACGUGAACGUCCUUACGAGUGUCGCUACUGCUACCGGAGCUACACGCAAUCAGGCGACCUGUACCGACACAUUCGCAAAGCUCAUGACCACACACUGCCGGCCAAACGCAGCAAGGCGGACAUAGAGGCCUCCCUGCCACCACAACCACCGCCGCCACCACCUCCACCUCUUAGCUAACAUACAAACAGACACACUAUUGUAUUUCUGUACUUAUACACACAUGAACCUUCAGCUAAUAUCCCUACUCUAAUUCUACCUUUAAACCUGCUGAAAAAUCACAAGGUGACAUUUUAAAAUGUCUGGUUUUGUCCGACCAUCUGUUCAAAACUCAAAAAUAUUCUGUUUUCUAUCAGAAAAGGUUAAAGGAACCAGAAAAUAUUCACAUUUGAGAAGUUGGAAGCAGAUAACUUUUUUAAUUGUUCCUUAAAAAAUGACUUUUAAUAACCAAUGAAUUGACUAAUCAUUGUAGCUCUGUAAUCAAGGUCAAGAGCAAAAUUUAAAUUGUAUUUAUUUAUUUUUUUUUCUUUUCAAUUUAAACACUAUCCAAACCACCUAAUGCUACCUAGACUUUACUAACACCUCAUUACUUU